GUUCGUUAAAAAAAUACAUCUUGAACCACUGAAAACCACUAGUAAGUAUAUAUCUCACAUGUAAUGGACAGCUGGGUAAUGAGACGACGUGACUGAUCAUUAUAACGUAGUGUCAAACUAAUUCGGUACAUGUUGGUUCUAUACUCAAGGCAUUUCACCUGGGCUUAGGCUGGGCACAUCUGGUGGAAUCGAAAUCUUCGAAACCAUGAGGAAACCAUGUAAUAGACUGAUGUUGGUGCGGAUCAUUGGGAGUACAAUGGUGACAGUGACGUUGUUCAACUUCACUUAUGCAUCUCAACUUCGUCUUGUGGCCGGCAGGACGAGUAGUCAAGGUCGGCUAGAGAUCUACGUAAACGGCGAAUGGGGCACGGUGUGUGACGACUCGUGGGGUCUUGUGGAUGCUCAUGUGGCCUGCCGGCAACUAGGCUUUCCUGCGGGCGCCGUCAAAGCCACCUCAGGCGGGUUUUAUCCAGGUGGAACAGGGCCAAUACAUCUGGACGAUGUCGACUGUAGGGGAUAUGAAAGAGAUCUCGUAGACUGUGAUCAUAGAGGAAUUGGAUCCCACAACUGUGGCCACGGUGAAGAUGCAGGAGUCCUAUGUAACACUGGAGUCCGUUUAGUGGGCAGUUCCAGCUCAAUGGACGGUCGUGUAGAGGUGCUUUGGAACGGUGCCUGGGGGACCGUCUGCGAUGACCUGUGGGACCUGAAUGACGCAACUGUCGUCUGCCGUCAGCUGGGUUUUCUUGGUGCGUGGGAAGCUUCUACGUCUGCUACCUUUGGCGCAGGAGAUGGGCUGGACAUAGUGCUGGACGACGUCGCUUGCACGGGCAACGAAGGGACACUUUUGGACUGUGGACACGCCGGGCUUGGAGAACACAAUUGUGGGCACAGUGAGGAUGCCGGGGUCCGAUGUGUUGAUAUGCGACUUGUUGACGGCGACACAAUUAACGAGGGCAGGCUUGAACUCCUCCUCAACGAUGAAUGGGGCACAGUUUGUGACGACUCAUGGGGACAAGAAGAAGCCCAGGUGGCUUGCAGGCAGCUCGGCUUCCCCAGUGCUAUUGAAGCUACCUCGAGAGCGUCAUUUGGUAUAGGCGUUGGUUCAAUACACCUGGACAAUGUGGAGUGCACUGGCUCUGAAAGUAACUUACUGAGUUGUCAGCAUAAUGAGAUCGGGGAGAAUGACUGUGGCCAUGGCGAAGACGCAGGAGUCAUUUGCAAUCCAGACAAACUCCGUCUCGUUGGGGGCGCUAAUAUUAAAGAAGGUCGGCUGGAGAUUUUUCUCAAUGGAGAAUGGGGCACGGUCUGUGACGACUCUUGGGAUAUCGAGGACGCCCGUGUGGCUUGUAGACAGUUGGGUUUCUCCGGUGCUGUCGAAGCUACCCAAGGAGCUACGUUUGGAAGUGGAAGUGGCCCAAUUUACCUGGACGAUGUCGCUUGCGGUGGACAUGAAAACGACUUGAUGACUUGUGUGCAUAACGGCAUUGGAGUUGAAAACUGUGGUCACAGUGAGGAUGCGGGAGUUAUUUGUGGUAUAAAAGUUGAGAUCCGGCUUGUUGGCGGCGACACAAAAAACGAGGGCAGGCUUGAGCUCCUCCACAACGGCGAAUGGGGCACAGUGUGUGAUGACUCGUGGGGAAUAGAUGACGCCCAGGUGGCUUGCAGGCAGCUCGGCUUCCCCAGUGCUAUUGAAGCUACCUCCAGAGCGUCAUUUGGAGAAGGCGUUGGUUCAAUACACCUGGACAAUGUGGAGUGCACUGGCUCUGAAAGUAACUUACUGAGUUGUCAGCAUAAUGAGAUCGGGGAGAAUAACUGUGACCACAGUGAAGAUGCAGGAGUCGUUUGUAAUCCAGAUAUACUCCGUCUCGUUGGGGCCGCUAGCUCUAACGAAGGUCGGCUCGAGAUUUUUCUCAAUGGAGAAUGGGGCACUGUCUGUGACGACUCUUGGGAUAUUGAGGACGCCCGCGUAGCUUGUAGACAGUUGGGUUUCCGCGAUGCCAUCGAAGCUACCCAAGGAGGGUCAUUUGGAAGUGGAAGUGGACCGAUCUACCUGGACGAUGUCGCUUGCGGUGGACAUGAAAACGACUUGAUGAAUUGUGUGCAUAACGGCAUUGGAGUUGAAAACUGUGAUCAUAUCGAAGAUGCAGGAGUCAUUUGUGGCCCAACAGAACCUUGUUUUAGUGGACCAUGUGCCCACGGAGCAUCUUGCAUCAAUCUAUCGGAUGGGUUUACCUGCCAUUGUCCUGAUGGUUAUGGCGGAGUGGCAUGCGCAGAAGAUCUGACGAUCACGUCAACAUCUUCAAUAAUAGUUGCUCACUGCGCGACCAGCCUCGACCAUUCCGACCAUCUGAUGGUGGUAUCAGGCCAGCAGGCUGUCUACCUUCCUGGUGACUCAGUUGAGUAUGACUGCCCGGAUGGAUAUCAUCUCAGCGGGUCCGCAACUAGGUUUUGUCAGUCAGACUUGACAUGGUCGGGACAGCCAGCCGAAUGCAACAUAAAUUUUUGUGCCAAUGAGCCUUGUGCAAAUGGGGCAACUUGCUUCAAUGCGUUGGAUGGGUUUACGUGUUCAUGCCCGGAUGGAUAUGAUGGACUGACAUGCGCAGAUGUUUCCCACUGUGCGCCUACCUCUGACCCGUCUGAUGUCCUGAUAGUGGUAGCAGGUCAGAAGGCUGUAUACCUUCCUGGUGACGUGGUCGAGUACGACUGCCCAGACGGGUAUUAUCUUAGUGGGUCUGCCUUGAGGAUUUGUCAGUUAGACUUUACAUGGUCAGGACAACCAGCCGAAUGCAACAGAGAGCCUUGUUUCAGUGAACCAUGUCUGAACGGAGCAACUUGCAUCGAUGCACCGAGUGGGUUCGCUUGCCUUUGUCCAGCCGGUUAUGGUGGAGUGACAUGCGCAGAGGUUGCCCACUGUGUGACCAGCUUCAGCGAGUCCAGUGUUCUGAUGGUUGUAUCAGACCAGCAGGCUGUCUACAUUCCUGGUGACUCAGUUGAGUACGACUGCCCCAACGGAUAUCAUCUCAGCGGGUCCGCAACUAGGUUUUGUCAGUCAGACUUGACUUGGUCGGGACAGCCAGCCGAAUGCAACAGAAAUUUCUGUGUCAACGAACCUUGUAUGAAUGAAGCCACUUGCACCAGUGCGUUGGAUGGGUUCAUCUGUUCAUGCCUGGCUGGCUAUGACGGACUGACAUGCGCAGAUGUUGCCCACUGUGUGCCUACCUCUGAUCCAUCUGAUGUGCUGACAGUGGUAUCAGGCCAGCAGGCUCUCUACCUUCCUGGUGACUCAGUUGAGUACGACUGCCCGGACGGAUAUCAUCUCAGCGGGUCAGCUUUGAGGUAUUGUCAGUCGGACUUUUCGUGGUCGGGGCAACAAGCCAAAUGCAGUAGAGAACCUUGCUUCAGUGAACCAUGUCUGAACGGAGCAACAUGCACCGAAGCACCGGGAGGGUUCACUUGCCUUUGUCCUACCGGUUAUGGUGGAGUGACAUGCGCAGAGGUUGCGAGCUGCAUGGUGUCCCUCAACGAAUCCGAUGUUCUGUUUGUGGCAUCAAGCCAGCAAGCUAUGUAUGUUCCUGGUGACUCGGUCGAGUAUGCCUGCCCGGCCGGAUAUCAUCUCAACGGAUCCGCCAUUAGGAUUUGUCAGCCAGAUUUCUCAUGGUCGGGACAGCCUGCUGCAUGCAGUCAAGACUCUUGUAUUGACGAGCCAUGUGCUAACGGGGCAACUUGCAUCAGUACGCCGAGUGGGUUCAAUUGCCUCUGUACUGCUGCCUACGAUGGAUUAACGUGCGAACAUGUUUUGGCAGCGCAAGACAUCCAGCGCAAGACAUCCAGCCCUGUAGUACUAAUUAUGGGCGGUGGAGGGGGAGCCCUCGUCUUCAUCGCGGUCCUCUUCGUUGUCAUCACUGUACUGAACAGGCGAAAAUCACGACCACAAACCAACUUUCCUUUCCACACUGGACUCACUACCGAAAUAGGCUGCGUUGAACUCUCCGAGUUCACUUCGACCACAGCCGCCUGCGCAGGCCCGCCCUCUCCGAUCUACCAUGAGACCAUAGCCGACGCUGGCGCAGCUGAUGACCACUUGUACGCUGAGGUACCACGGCGAGGGCUCCCCCUUCCACCGUUCCCUAGCAAAAUCGUGGAUGAGGAAGCAGACGGAACAUACUGCAAUAUGAAAAACUUAUUCUGAACCUGUUGAGUCGGUCAGUCAGUUUGACUGUCUGUUUCUAUCAGGGUACAGUCUACUAAUUCAAGCCCCAUUUGAAAACAGUGUCAAAUCAGCACUGUUCAGGGCCCAAUAACAUGCACGUCAAC